GAACUUAUCCAAAUCUCCAUCAUCAGUGAUGCCAUCUUUUAUAUGGAGUAUAUCCUCUUGCUGUUUUUAGCAGAAUAUUUAGUUUUUGUAAAAAAGAAAGAAGAAGAAGAAGAUGAUGAUAGAAAAAUAGUGGAUAUAUAUCCUCUGUACUUCUUUGGAGCUCAAUAGUGAUUGAUCAUCUUUGUCACUCUUAUGUAUCUUGCAACCCCCAGCCCCCCACUCACCACUGUGAUCAAAAUGCAUAAAUUAUUUGCCAUCAGGUCCUUAGCUCCUGCGUUAUUUAAAAAUCGGACCCGGCAUCAGCUAGCAUCCCUUUUCUCCACUUCUUUACUUUUCGAUGAUACCCAGAUUCAGUUCAAAGAAAGCGUGGCUCAGUUUGCUCAAGAACAUAUUGCUCCUCGAGCGGAAGAAAUAGACAAAACAAAUUGUUUUCCCAAGGAUGUUAAUUUAUGGAAAUUGAUGGGAGGUUUCAAUCUCCAUGGAAUUACGGCUCCAGAGGAGUAUGGAGGGCUCGGCCUUGGUUAUUUAUAUCACUGUAUAGCUUUGGAAGAAAUUAGUCGUGCCUCGGGCUCAGUAGGCCUUUCGUUUGGUGCCCACUCCAACUUGUGCAUCAAUCAGCUGGUGAGGAAUGGAAAUCCUGAUCAGAAGAAAAAGUAUUUGCCAAAGCUAAUUAGUGGUGAACAUGUCGGGGCUCUUGCCAUGAGUGAACCCAAUGCUGGCUCGGAUGUUGUUAGCAUGAAAUGUAGAGCUGAUCGUGUUGAUGGAGGUUAUCUUCUGAAUGGGAAUAAGAUGUGGUGUACCAAUGGUCCUGUGGCUCAGACGCUGGUUGUUUAUGCUAAAACAGAUAUGGCCGAGCGCUCAAAAGGAAUCACGGCUUUUAUCAUUGAGAAGGGAAUGACUGGUUUCAGUACUGCCCAGAAACUCGACAAGCUUGGGAUGAGAGGGAGUGAUACGUGUGAACUUGUGUUUGAAAACUGCUUUGUUCCUGAAGAGAAUGUUCUUGGGCAGGAAGGGAAAGGAGUUUAUGUCAUGAUGUCGGGCUUAGAUUUGGAAAGGCUGGUGCUAGCUGCUGGGCCUGUUGGAAUCAUGCAGGCCUGUCUUGAUGUGGCACUCCCAUACGUUCGCCAGAGAGAGCAAUUCGGGAGGCCCAUUGGUGAACACCAAUUUAUUCAGGGGAAAGUUGCCGACAUGUAUACAGCCUUACAGUCCUCAAGAUCAUAUGUGUAUUCUGUUGCUAGGGACUGUGACAAUGGGAAGGUCGAUCCAAAGGACUGUGCAGGUGUAAUACUUUGUGCAGCUGAAAGAGCCACUCAAGUUGCACUUCAGGCGAUCCAAUGUCUUGGGGGUAACGGGUAUGUGAAUGAGUAUCCUACCGGGCGUCUCCUUCGGGAUGCAAAGCUGUAUGAAAUAGGGGCAGGCACUAGUGAGAUCAGGAGAAUGAUAAUCGGGCGCGAGCUCUUUCAUAAAGAACUUUGAUUUUGAGUCUCUAAUUGAACAUUUGAUCAGUUUCUGUUCCACAAACCACUGCAAAGGAUUAAAGACCCAAUCAUUCAAUGUUACUCUUACUUUCUGUGGUCUAUAA